GAUGGCAGAACACUGCAUAACCACCGCUGUGUGAACUUCAAACCCUUCAAAUUCUACACAAACACUCUUCGAAACUUCGAAACGCCUGGCCCAGCCUUAAUGAAUGGGACGAAAAACAUUCCGCAUCAGUGGUCUGUGGUGCUCUUUGGUGCACGCGGGCUGUUCAGGCGCAAGCGCACAGUUGUUUGUAUGUAGCGCAUUUAUGGUAGUCUUUGUCACAGUAAAAUAUGCACCGUUGAAGUCGUUCAAGUGCUGUCUUUUUUUUUCUGAUUCCAUUUUCGGAUAUUGUUUUUAUCUGAUGCUGCUCCGCUUCUAAUAUGGUUCAUAAGAACAUCUUUGCACCGUAAGAAGGAAGUUGAGGACAGUUUACGAUUCUGACAUGGCGAUCGUAAAUGACAGCUGAUGUGGAUUACAGUGCGAGACGAUGGGAGCAGGUGACUGGGGUAAAAUGUUACCAGAGCCGGAUCUUCUGGGAAAGUAUUUCCACGAACAGUUUAAAGUUCUCCCAGAUCAUCAAAGGAAAAGAUCAGAGUGGAAAAAAGGCAAGAAUAGUAGAACAACAAAGAACAAGGAGAAACGGAGGGCAAAAGUUGAAUCAUGUGGAGAUGUAGCAACCUUAUCUGGACCUCCAGAAGUGGAGCUUCCUAGUAAUGCAUCAGGCUUUGCAGUAUUUGCAAGUGUUCGUCUGGCUGUGCUGGAACGUUGGAUGAAACAGGCUUGUCAGAUUUAUUUGUCAUCAUCUUCCAGUUCUCCACCGUUAGAUGGCAGUAGUGAAAUUGACAGUGAUAGUGAAGAAAAUACUGAUAAGACUAGAGAAAUUCCACCACUUCGAGUACCAAAGAUCGUAGGAGUUGGUUUGCGGAGUGUCUUUGAGCUUAUUCGUGAAAGCCGGUCUUCUCAUCCACUUUUAUGUACAAAGGCCCUUGCAGCGCUACUUGAUGUAGUACAAGGCCAACAGCCAGAAGGUCUUAAAAGUGAACCAACUGAAGUAAUAGAUCCUUUAUUUGAUCUCUUACUUGAUCUGGCCACAUCACAUGGGCCUGAGUCUGCUGCAGCAAACGAUGGAAGCCACCUCACAGCUGUGGCCUGUGCAUGUCUGCUCAGCCUCGUUGUCGUCAGGGGAGACACUGGAAAGCUGCUUAGUGCUACAGCAGCCCUUCUGAUGUGCCCCAGAGCACUUGCUUCACAGAACAUACAUAUGCCUGCAGUACUUACAGCUCUACAAAGAAGUGUUCAUGGUGUGCUCCUUGGGAAGGUAGUCAGACCCGAUUGGUUUACUCAUGGCAUGCCAAAGAAUUCCAGAAUUGACACCUUCCAUGUGAAGAUGAGUGGAGAUAUGCAUACUGCAUCACUGAGUGCCAAAUCUCUAGCAAGUGAUGGGCAAUUCUUGUACCUCUACACUUCCAGAGGACUUUUUAAAAUUGGUUCAGGAUAUGGAGGCACAAUUAAAGGACAUGUUUAUCUUCACAAAACAGAUUUCCAUGUUGAUGACAAAGGAUGGUUGGGAUAUGCUAAUGGUUUGCUGUACUACAAGAGUUCAAGCAAGAAAGGUUGUGAAUUGUUAAUAAUUGAUAAGGAGUCUUUCAGGGUGUCUGAAGUUGUGAACUUGGAGGGUAAAGACUGGGGAGCAUGUGUAAUGUUCUCAGACGGAGAAAAUCUUGGGAUGAUUACUUCAGCCAAAGAUGAUGGAUUUGUUGUUCGAAUGGUGAAUCCAUCAAGUAGUCCUGUGGUAUCUGUAAGUGAACUGCCACUGAAAUUGGCCAGAAAAUGUUUGGAUGUUUUUGGAAGUGCAUCAUUUGAUGAAGAUGCCAAUAUCCACACCAUACAUACUGGAUGUGAUGAAGAGAUAGUUUUCAUAGCAGCAGGAAAGGAUUUUGGGUUUGCAAGGACAAAUUCAGGAAAGAUUCUCUACUGUGGUAAGUCUUCAAGCCUGGGCAUCAAACAGGGUGGCUUGAGGAGUGGCAAAUGGGCUGAACUUCCCGUUAUCAAGUCCCCUAAGGUAGUUCAUUUUGCCAUUGGACAUGAGGGUCUCCAUACUGUUCUUCUGGCUGAAGAUGGCACCGUAUUCUUUGCUGGUACAGCUCGAAGAGGGGAAGAUGGAGAUCAGAACAAAGGACGACGUCAACCAAAGCCAGUGAAGCCAAAGAAGAUGAUUAAAGUUGAUGGACUGAACAUUGUGCAUGCUGCAUGCAACAAUGGUACAACAGCCCUUGUUUCUAAAGAAGGGGAACUUCUUAUGUUUGGAAAAGACACUGCACAUUGUGAUAAUUCUACAGGACUCGUAACUGAUCUAAAGGAUGUACGUGUGACACAAGUUUCCCUGGGAAAGGCACAUGCUGUAGCCCUGACCAAUAAAGGACAUGUGUAUACAUUUGGAAUAAAUAAUAAGGGGCAGUGUGGGAGAGACUUUGCUGCACAAAUCAAAGAAGUUCCUAUGGUUGUCGCUAUGGAGACUACAGGUGAGGAGGAGGCAGACAAUGAAGAUCUGGACUGGGAGGAUGCACAGGAGGCAAUGUGUCCUCCAGGGAAACACAAAUGGAGGCAUGACCUCUGCAUGGUGUGUACUGUAUGUCGAGAAUGUACAGGCUACAGCAUUAGUUGCCUGAGCAGCAUGCGACCAGAUCGGAACCCAGGACAAGAAUGUGGCUGUGGUGAAGGGGAUUCAGGCUGUGCUGAAUGUGGAUGCUGCCGGAUCUGCGCUAGGGAAAAUGUUGACAACUCGGAGCUUGCUAUUUUGGGACCCAGUGGAGCAGGUGAUCUUGCUGGAAUGAUGAGGCUAGAUCUCAUCUUCGGAGGUGAGGCUGAAAGACGGCAUGGAGCACGCCUGCAAGAUCACCUGCAGCGUCGUUUGGAUGAAAGAAAGCAGAGACAGCGAGGAAGAUUAGCUAGUGGAUCAUCCAAGCACUGUGGUCUCAAGAUGAAAGGUGUGAACAACAGGGCUGGUCCCUCAACUGUUGCAGUGGUAACAACAAAACCUGUUCCAUCAGUAUUUCGCCCUCCACCCGCUAUACCAGCUGCUCAGAGUAUAAUAGUUGAAGAACAAGCGGGAAGUAGUGAUGUGGAGAGAGAUGCCAGCCGUGUAACAUCCCUCCCUCCUUCAAGAGUACACUUACCUGUGGAGAGUCCUGUGAUGCAAAUUUCCUGUGGUCUACAUCAUACAGUGCUGCUGCUUCAAAGUGGGGAAGUCAUGACUUUUGGCAGUAAUACAUAUGGUCAACUAGGCGUUGGUGACCUCGUUCCACGUGGUGGUCCCACACUGGUCAAAUUGGCAUGCCAUGCUAUACAUGUUGCAGCUGGCAGUAAUCAUACUAUUGUCCUUAGUAAUAAAGGAGAAGUUUACACAUUUGGAAGUUACCAGAAGGGCCAGUUGGGACGGCCAUCCCCUGCGGUAGGACACGAGUCCCCAGUAACUAGCAACAAGAAAGAAGCUCGUUUGUCCCGAGAUGGUCCAUGGUAUGCAUAUCCAGGUCCAGUGCCAAAUAUUGGACCAAGGCAUGGGCGAAGGGCAACUUGGGUUGGAGCAUCUGGGGAUCAGACAUACCUAAAAAUAGAUGAAAGUCUGAUCAACUCGUUGAGCCUGACAAGGUCUACAGUAAUGGCCAAUAAAAGUAGCAUUGUUCUGCUCCCAACACAGAAUGAUCAUGCAAGCUCUUUCAAAUGCUUGACCAUUAACAAGCGUGAUGGUAACUGUAGCAGCUUUAGUGGCAGUGACCAGGUGGAUUUUUCAAACACAGCCACGUGCCUUGAUCCACUAUAUAACGUGCUGUGGAGCUAUCAUCCUGGGACCCAUGAUAUGAUGUGCUACAAUGUGGUUGCCAGUGAGUCCAGAGCAGCCGAAUUUCUUCCUCCAUCAAUUCUCAGUCCAGAACUCGCUCUUCCUGUAGUCACAUCUUGCUUUGUCACUCGAUCGCAGGCAGCUCUACACCUGCUUAGUUGUCUCGACACCCUGACUCAAGCACAAGAUCAGCGUUUUACUAUUAGGGAAGAGAGUGAAGAUAGACAGGCUGGCUGUGGAAAAGUAUACAGCAGGGAGGACUUCUCAGCUGUCACUCGCUUUGAAAGUCAUGGAGGAGGCUGGGGCUAUUCUGGACAUUCCAUAGAAGCAAUUAGAUUCAUGGCAGAUACUGACAUCCUUCUAGGAGGUUUUGGCCUUUUUGGAGGUCGUGGAGAGUACACAGGGAAAAUUAAGUUGUUUGACAUUGGUGUUGAUGGCGGAGAGCAGGAAACUGAUGGAGAGAUGCUGGCAGAGACUGAGGAAGUUCCAUAUGAGUGUGGACCUCGUCAGAAGUAUCCAAUGCUGUUUGAGGAACCUGUACCUUUACAGGCAAACAGAUGGUAUGUUGCUUGGGCUAGAGUGAGUGGUCCAUCAAGUGACUGUGGCUCCAGCGGACAGGGCAUGGUUACUACUGAAGACCAAGUUGUGUUCUACUUCAAGUCAUCCAAGAAGUCAAACAAUGGAACUGAUGUGAAUGCAGGCCAGAUUCCUCAGCUGUUGUACAGAGUGGUAACACCUGAGAACCAGACACCAAACAGACAGACUGAUCACUCAGAACCAGUUUACAUCCUGAGUCGUGAAUUUUCUCGUGCUGUCAGUAGACCUUAUAAUAAAAUGACAACUAGCAUCCUUGAAGAGUGUCAUGAAACAUUCGUGUCAUGCUUCCAUGCCUUCUACCCCACAGCAUUUUUAAAAUGGACUUGUUUAUGUGAUCUGCUAGAAGUAAUGGAUAAGUUACUCUCUGACCUACAGGGAGGCGAUGGUGUGCAAGGAAACCCUGAUAGGCUGCUGAGUGCAGUGUUGGCAGCUCUGUGCAGUCCAACUGUACGUCUCCGUUCUACAUUCCCCAUUCUUAACAGUGUCUUAGAUGCUUCAGAUUCCUCUCUUAAGAGACAGCUGAGCCCUUCAGACAAUACAGGGUUACCCAUGAUGCCAUGUGUGGAUGGACAUCACUAUCCAAUUCUUGUAGAGCAGAUGAGCUACAGAAGUCAGUUGGAAGGCAGUGGAAUGGUGGGAAACUGGUUGUUCCGAGAAGUGUUGGAAAGGCUGUUGGAUUUAGUAACCGUUCCAGUGAAGCAAGCAUUGUGCCAAGAGAAGACAACACAUUCAAGUGAAUUAGUUCAGAAUUGUUGUCAUUUGCUGGCAAGAGUAGUUGCUGAAUUGGCUUCUCAGUCAAGUGGAACUGAUGAGGACCUACAAGGACCAUGUGGACGUGUUCUUCACACAACUCCGUCUCGUUUCACACGCACUAAUCAGAGUCGUACUUGGAACACUGGGAAUGGCUCACCUGAUGCAAUUUGUUUCUCUGUUGACCGUCCUGGCAUUGUAAUAGCAGGAGUUUGCGUUUAUGGAGGAGUUGGAACAUAUGAGUAUGAACUGGAACUUCUUGAUGAUCAAAAUAACACUGGCAAUGACCCCUCUCAUACUCAGCGCUGGAAUAGCUUAGAAAUGGCUCGAGGAACGUUUGGUGCAGAUGACUGUGUAGCUGAUGUAGCAGAAGUUAAAUUUGAUAGACCAGUACCUAUCAAGGAGAAUGUUAAGUAUGCUGUCCGUUUGAGGAACCAUGGUGGUCGUACCAGUAAUGGGGACGGAGGACUGAGUUCUGUGAAGGGACCAGAUGGUGCUACAUUUUCAUUCUCAACUUGUUCUCUCAGUUUCAAUGGAACCACACAGACCAGAGGACAGAUACCACAGAUUCUUUACUACAGUAAUCCACAGGAUUCAGAAAGUCAGCAAACAAGCAAAGCAUGGGCAGAACUUCAAGCUUGCAAGUGUACACUGUCUAUGACGUCAGCUAUUAUUCAGCGGUGCAAUGAUCUGAUGGCUUUGGCAAGGGAACGUGCAGAGGAUCAGAUAGCUACAGAAGUGCUGGGCAAUGCUUGCGUUCUUACAACACUGCUGCCUCUCAUACUAGCACACAUUAGUCCAUUGGCAACAUUAGAUCCAAGGAGUGGUGUACAAGUACUGAAUCUUAUCCAAGAAUUGCUUCCUCAUGUGGCAGCACUGAACUCACUAAGUAGCAACAUGCAUCAGUCUACAGGGUCUUUGGAUAGUGUUGGAGGUCAGGAUUCUCAAGGUUACUUCCAGCCUUCGUCCACAAAUACCACAUCACAUCACUAUGCAUGGGUAGAGAGUGAUCAUCCUUAUAAGCCUGCUACUGUAUCCAACUAUAGGGUUUCAUUUCCAGAGAGUGUGAAGUGGCUUUGCAUUGAGUUUGACCCACAGUGUGGUACAGCACAGGCGGAAGAUUCAUUGCAACUUUAUAUUCCAAGCCUCCCCACUUCUUCCUCAGUUGCUAAGGGAACUACAGAUGAUAGUGAAGGUGACACUUCCCCUGUUCCCUAUUGGCCAAUAUUACAGAAAUUUAAUAGAGGGAGCAACAGUUGGCCUCAGACAGCAAUUGUUUUACCAGGAAAUGAAGUCAUAUUCUCUUUGGAAACUGCUUCAGACUAUGUGAAAGAUGAAAAGGCUUGUUUUUAUGGGUUCCGAUGUUUGGUUGUUGGAUAUGAAUGGCAUACUAAUCCAGGGGAAGGCUUGAAGCAUCUAGAAACUGAAUUGGCCUUCCUGGGUGGAAUGUGUGCAGCAUCGCUCAUGAAGAAAGAUCUUCUUUUGCCACCGGUGUCAGUGGAAGAGAUGGAUGAGGAUAUGGAUGUGGUUGAAGAGGUGGCACAGCAUGUGUAUAAGAGCCAUUCAGCUUUACUCUCCAAGGGAUUUGCAUUGGCUAAUCCUCCUACAAUCACCCAGGCUUUGGAGGGUAUCCUGCCAUUUAGUUGUCACUCCAAUGAACGACUUUUCUUGAAAGACUUUGUACACUGUGUGCCGGGGACAAGUGGUGGACGCCUGUCUCGAUGGUUGCAGCCCGACUCCUAUGUGGAUCCAGCACGCUGUGAGGUGUUGUACAGCCGUGAUGAUAUGAGGUGUGGUUGGCCUGCUAUCGUUACUGUUGUCACCAAAGACCAGUAUGGAGAUGUUGUCCAUGUUCCAAAUCUCAAGAUUGAAGUAAAGGCAGUACCGAUUGACAAGAAGGAGAUUGGUGAUUCUGACCAGGGCCGUAAGAUGCGUCGAGUGAGCCAACCAGAUGCUCUGACUUUCGGAGGACACGCACAUCCUUCUUUGGAAACACCAUAUGAGGUUACCGUAAAGGAUAAGAUGUGUUAUUAUGCCAUCACCAUUAUGAAGGCAUAUGAGAACUAUUCUUUUGAGGAAUUACGGUUUACUUCUCCUGCUGUUAAGCGUUCAAGUGAAAAUAUGUUAGUACGUCCAAACUCUGAUGGAACAUAUAGUGCAACAUGGACACCAGGAAGUGUUGGCUGGUAUUCUGUGCUUGUUACCAUUGAUGGUUAUGAUAUGGAAGAGGCAUACAAAGUAGAAGUGAAGGAACCACCGCAAGGAAUGACUCCACCUACACAGAGUGUGGUGAAGAAAGCUCCCCACCAGCCUAGUCGUCUGCGUAAGUUCGUGGCAAAGAACAGUGCAGGACUCAGAAUCAGAGCCCAUCCUUCUCUGCAAAGUGAGCAGAUAGGAAUUGUGCAUGUUAAUGGCACCAUUGCUUUCAUAGAUGAGAUCCACAAUGAUGAUGGGGUGUGGUUGCGUCUAAGCCAGGACACAAUUCACCAGUACUGUAGCAAUGGGCAUGGUGAGGCAUGGUGCCUGCAGUAUAACCAACAUCUGGGUAAAACCUUGUUGCUGCCAGUGGAGGAACCCAAGUCCAUCCUUGAUCAGGUCAUCAAGGAAACCAUUAUGAGGAAAUUACCAGAAGUUUCUAAUAAGGAUAGCCGAGCAAAGAGUGCUGUUGUGUGUGGUCCAGGUGAAUAUCAAGUGGUGAAAUGUGGUGCAAGUGGCCACAAUGUUCGUAGUCGUCCAAGCCUUAAGGCUCCACCUGUUGGCAUGUUGGUUCUUGGAAAUCAUGUGACAGUUGUGGAUCAUGUGGUUAAUGGAGAAGGAACAUGGGUGCAACUGGAUAAGGAAACUAUGAGAAAGUUCUGCUUCAACACAGAGGGGGAAGCUUGGUCUUUGGCCCUUAGCCGGAGUGAUGUGGUAUACUUGAAGAAAGAAGGUGUUGUAGAUGGAGAAUGUGCAAUGGAGACUCAGCCUCAAAUAGAAGAAAACAGCUUUUCACCUCACAAAAGAGGAUUUGAUUUUUCCAGUAAUACAAAUGCCACAGCACUUGUUACAGCAGAUGGAGCAGGCUUUAAUUUUGGAUCCACCAUGUCUGGACUCAAAGAUACACCUCCGCCAGGAUCAGCAGGCAGCAGCAACACCAACCCAUUUGUUUUCGGAGCAUUUGGACAAGAGAGCAGAUUGGGAGCAACUACUAAAGCCAUCCAUGACAUUCAUCAUGCCCCUGAUGGAAAAUAUGACAAGCCUGAGCUCUCCCCCAAACCCAGUCUCCUGCAUUCAAGAGAGAGAACUCGAGACCGAGACAAGGAGAAAGAUAGGGAAAGUAGCAAAUUUGCUGCACUUCAGAAGUGGCUGAAAGGUGAAGAGGGCCGACAUUGCUCGGAGAGGCGAGGUUCUCCUGGAAGAGACCUCCCACCAGAGUUGGUUGGUGUAUCAGUGAAGGAUCUAGUGAAAGCAAUUGGAGAAAGCAGGGCUAAUGGAAAUGGAGUCACUCCUCCAGGGACCCCAAGACGUAUGUCCCGUAGCUCUAGUCCUAAGGCAUGUCCGGGAGGAGGAUCAUCUCCACGACUCAGUCGCAGCUCUAGUCCUGUACUAAUUCCAGCUCCGCUGGGCAGACAAACUUGUGCAGGCACUGCUCAUUCUCUUAACGUGCCAGCAGGCAGUGCCCCUAAUGUAGCAGGUGGCAGACCUGUCAUAGGCUUGCUUCAACAUGAUAGUAGUAGCAGCAGCCCACAAGCCUGCGGCUCCCCUCGUAGCAUUGGUCUUUCUCCACUAGUAUCAGGUACCAUGGUAGACUCGCAGCACAGUGCUGCAUCUCACCGUCGUGGUUCUACACAAAGUGAUACAAGUGCUUUAGUAAGCAGCCUCACUCGUGACUUGUCCCAGUCUCCCAGUGGAUGUACAACAACAGCCAACACUCGGGACCUGUCACCAAGUCCCAGCAGCAGCUCUCUACACAUGCACUCAGAGGGCAGUCCAAAUAGCACACCUGGCACACCUAGGAAGAAUGAACAAGAACCACUGGGAUACAGUCCCAGGGCAGUGACUCAGACUGGCACCCAAACAAGUCCUGAAAGUGUUGCUGCCAGUAUGAAAGGCCAUUUCAGCAUCGGGGCUAGUGGAAACAAGGAAGAACGUCUGUCUCCAAAGCUGGGACGCAAAGAUCGGGGUGGAACAGGCAGUAAGGGUCGCAGCAGCAAACGAGCCAUGUCGCCUGCACCCAUGCCACAACCCAGCUCCAGCCGUGAUCGUACCCUCACUCUCAUCAAGGAACCAGUGAAGGAAGCUGUAAGCCCAUCUAUUGCUGAGAGUUUGAGAGCCAUAUUUGCAGCAUUUCUAUGGCAUGAAGGAGUUGUACAUGAUGCCAUGGCAUGUGCAUCUUUCCUCAAGUUCCAUCCCAGUUUGCCAAAACAAGGGGCUCUUGUUGUAACUCGCCAGCCUCUAGGAGGUGUUGGGAGUGGAGGAGCAGGAGAUAAGAGGAGGUCUGAACUUACAAAAGAACAACGAGCACGCCAGAGGCACUCAGUUGAAGUGAGUACAGCAGGAAAUUACCUCCAUAUUCAGCCAUCAACCCUAGAAACCCUUACAAGAUCAGCAGCAAAUGCUAAUGCAAACCGAAAUAGAGCCAAGAAGCAGCAUGCCGAGGCUGUGAUUAAGGAAGAAAGUGGUGGUAGCAGCAGUGGUGGUGGUGAUGGUGGUAGCACUGCUACAGUAACAGGAGAUGUAUCUGGCAAACUGUCUUCCCUUCCUGAAGCUUCUUUCCAUACAGUGGCUGUACUGCCUCCAGCCCUUAAAUCCCUGGUGUACUUAUGGGAGGAGCUGACAACUAACUGCCUGCAAGCCAUCAUGCAGCAAGCUGUUCUGCCCAGUCCUACAAUGCCAGCCAGACCUCCCAAAAAGCUGCUUAAUGUGGAUAAGAUGGUUGGUGCCUUGGGCAGUAAGGGUUUGCAGGAUGGCAAGGAGCAGCGGGGAGCUAUCGAGAGGGAAAUUAGCGGGAAGAAAGCGGGUCGCAAGAAGAAAGAAUGGAAACCCAUGGGACGGGCCAACCUACUAGGGGAAGUGGCUGGUGGUCUAGUAGGUGCUGCAGCAAUGUUGGGAGCAGGAGUGGGGGGGAUAGAAAGAGAAACAGUGUGUGAGUUGUGUGGGAACAUGUACCCACACCCUGUCACGUAUCACAUGCGACAGGCUCAUCCUGGUUGCGGAGGUCAUGCAGGAGGAAAGGGCUACAAUAGUGGGGGAAACUUUUGUGUUGGUUGGGCCGGGAACUGUGGGGAUGGAGGUGUUGGAGGAAGUUCCUGGUAUCUUGUGUGUGACACAUGCCGAGAAAAAUACCUUCGGUCCAAGAAGCAGAGUGGUGUGUCUGGUAAGGAUAAGACUGGCGUCAGCAAGAAGGGCAUGCUACCAAAAAAGAAGGCAGCUGGUCCUGCAUCAUCUUCAGCAUCCAGGCUGCUCUCUCCUACUGCCAGUACAUCUCCACUGGAGACACACAUAAUCAUGAGAAAUAACGCCAUGUUUCUGCUUGAUCUAGCCAGUGCUGGAGGUUCAGUCUUUCCUCCUCACCAACAGAGGCGGAUCUCCAUCAACAACAUGCCAUCAGUUUCAGAAAACUACAGUCCACCAGAUCCUCCAGGACCCUUUUCGCCAGUAGGCCCAUUUCAGUGUCUGCAGGCACUUGGUGUCCCCUUACAGCAGGUGCAUGAAGACCAGCAGUUCAUUGAGGAGACAUUCAGGAGGCAGACAAUGCAGCAGAGUCUGAUGGAAGCAGCUUGCAAUGGGAAUGUUCAUCUUGGUGGUCCAUUGGGAUCAAGGCCAAUGUCAGAGGGCCCUCUGAGUGAUAAUGAGAGUGAAGGAAGCAGAGGACGCACAUUUCAUCGUUCCAUCUCAAUGGGCACUAAUGGUGCUCCAUGGAGCAGAAGAGAGGGUGAUGGACGUGUCAUCAUGAUGCGAAAACGGAACAACAGCAGUGGUGAAAUGGCCAGUGAUGGAGGCUCUUCACUUCUCUGUUAUCCAUCAGCUGCUCUUCAGAAAUUAGUUCCUUGUAUGGAUCAGUCUGCUAUUGUGUCAGAACAAUUUAAAGGCUGCAUGUUGGACAUUCUGAAUCGCCCAGUCAUGAGUUUCCUGUUGCAGCAGCAUAACUUAGAAGCUUUACAGCUGGCCAUGAGACAAGCAUUGCGGAAGGCUGCAUGUCGAGUUUAUGCACUCCAGGCUUUGAAUUGGCUUCUUAGAAGUGUUACUCAGCCUGCAUGCCUUCAUGAUCUGCUGUGGUGGUUUGUAGCUGCUCUUAUGCCAGCUGCUCCUGACCCUGAUAGUGAGGGUGAGGAGGACAACAACAGAACAGACAAGAAGGAUGAGCAUGAUUUGCGUGGUGUAUGUGAGCACCCACUGAGUGAUAUUAGUAUUGCUGGGGAAGCUGUUCAUCCUCUUCCCUCUACAUUCCACACUCUGCUACAGACAAUAGCAGAUCUCAUGCUGUUGCUUCCUAUGGGCUCAGCACUUCAGCAGAUGGCCAUCAGAUGUUGGGGACUUCGCUUCACACAAUCUGAUCACAUGUUCUUACACAGGAGUCAUGUAUUCAGCAACAUCAGCAAAAUUCUCUCUCGCUCAGAGGAGGAGCAAGAUGAUGUCAGCAUGAGUAUGCAUGAGAGCCAUCAGUCAACAUAUUCUCAGGUUACAUGCUGUGUAGAAACAUUAAAGGAUCUGACAGGCAGUGUUGAACUCAAGGCAUCAAGCAGACAAGCAAUGAUUGGCAGCCUCACAGAUAGUUCCACUGAAACUUUCUGGGAGUCAGGAGAUGAGGACAGAAACAAGACCAAAACAAUAACCAUAAUGUGCGCCCCCCAGUCAUUCCCGAGAAUAGUUUACAUUCACAUUGAUAACUGUAGGGAUCUGGCGAACAAAGUAUCAAGUGUAACUUUCCAGUCAGGUCCUAAUGCAGAUGAAUUAUACAAACUGCGUCAAGUCGAAGUUGAGAACCGGUCCACUGGUUGGGUAAGCUGUCCUGUUUUGGAUGCUCGUCAUGCAGUGGUCCGCUUGGAACUGAAAGGACCUGACAAUUCGCUACGUCUCCGUCAGAUACGUGUUCUGGGAGAGGUUGAGGGUGAGAGCCUGAAGAUUGGACAUCAGCACAGCGCACAAACCAUACAGCAGCGCAAUUGUGAGACAGAAACAUUGAGAGUUUUCAGAUUGAUAACCUCACAGGUGUUUGGAAAGUUAAUUCUCGGAGAGCAGCCUCCAGAUGCUGAAGUGGGAGAAGGGAAGGGUGAAGGAGAAGAAAGCAAUGAUUUGAAGGAGCAUAUGGUUGGCAUUCUGUUCAGCCGCAGUAAGCUCACACAUCUACAGAAACAA